UGAGGAUUAGGUGAGAGUGAGUUGCCAUAGGGCCGCACACUACUUCUUUGUGUCACCUUAGCUCUCUCUAUAUAUUGUAGUGUAAUUCUAAGCCUAUCCAUCCAUCUUCUAAACUUUCAAUUCAAUUAGCAAAAUGGCACUUUCUUCUUCUUCAUCAUCUUCUGCAGCCAAUAUCUUUGUGUUGUCUUUGUUCAUGUUGUUUCUUAUAGGGAGUUCUAAUUCUGCUCAACUUUCUGAGAACUUCUAUGUUAAGAAGUGUCCCAGUGUUUUCAAUGCUGUGAAAUCUGUUGUUCAUUCUGCUGUGGCUAAAGAAGCACGCAUGGGAGGCUCUCUCCUUCGCCUCUUCUUCCAUGACUGCUUUGUCAAUGGUUGUGAUGGAUCAGUACUACUUGAUGACACUUCCUCCUUCAAAGGAGAGAAGACUGCACCUCCCAACAGCAAUUCUCUGAGAGGCUUUGAUGUCAUUGAUGCCAUAAAGUCUAAGGUGGAGGCAGUGUGCCCUGGUGUGGUUUCAUGUGCUGAUGUUGUUGCCAUUGCUGCUCGUGACUCUGUUGCCAUUCUUGGAGGGCCAUAUUGGAAGGUUAAACUUGGAAGAAGGGAUUCCAAGACAGCCAGCUUCAACGCUGCAAACAGUGGUGUGAUCCCAUCUCCCUUUUCUUCCCUCAGCGAUCUCAUCUCAAAGUUUCAAGCUCAAGGCCUCUCUACCAAAGACAUGGUUGCUUUAUCUGGAGCCCACACAAUUGGCAAGGCCAAGUGCUCUACCUUCAGACAACACGUAUACAAUGAGACCAACAACAUCAACAGUUUAUUUGCCAAGGCAAGGCAGAGGAAUUGUCCAAGGACUAGUGGCACUAUAAGAGACAACAAUGUAGCUGUGCUAGACUUCAAAACCCCAAACCAAUUUGACAACUUGUACUACAAGAACCUCAUCAACAAAAAGGGGCUCCUUCAUUCUGACCAGGUUCUAUUCAGUGGAGGAUCCACAGAUUCACUUGUUAGAACUUACAGCAACAAUCAAAAGGCCUUUGAAAAUGACUUUGUUAAUGCAAUGAUUAAGAUGGGGAACAACAAGCCUUUAACUGGGUCAAAUGGGCAGAUUAGGAAGCAUUGCAGAAGAGCAAAUUAGAGGAGGAAAAUCAAGUCAAUUGUGUGUGUUUCUUGGUAUAUAUAUGCCCCAAAAGUGGUGGUGUUCUUUGGUUAGUUGAUGUGUUUAUGUGUUUUCUCACGCCUUGGGAAAAAAAUGGUGUUUUCCUCUUGGUGUAUAAAAUGUUUUGGUGUUUAGUUCAAUUUGAUUUUUAGUCAGGUUAUUUGUAAGGAAUAAAUUGCAAAGUAAUGCCUUGACAGAAACUGUCAUUAUGGAUGUGUUUACUGUUGUACCCACAAGUUGAAUUGAAUAGAUAUUUCUUUAAAGGUUAAAUUGCAA